GACGAUAGGGGUGGGCAACGGGAAACAGGUAUUUGGGUAUACCCGUACCCGUCCCGUUUUUUAAGGAUUACGGGUACCCAUAUUACCUGUAAUAUUUUAACGGAUGGGACUUGGGAUUGUACAGUCCUAAUAUGGGUACCCGCGGGUUACCCGCGAAUACCCGUUUGGGUAAUAUGGGUACCCGUUGUACCCAUUCAAAGUACAAAGACAGAUUUAAUUCAGCCCAUGCGCCCAGGCCCAGCCCAAUUCAAAACUCAUUUUCGGCCCUUACCCACUGAGACCGUGAGACGCACCCCUAGCAGCUUCUCUGGACGCGCAGCAGCUUCUCUAGACAAGCAGCUUCUCAGUUCUCUGGUCCCUGGAGGAGUCGUCUUCGGGACGAGAGAGAAGAGACAAAACCUAUCGGCGCCUCCUUCAUUCACCGCCACCGCCGCCUCUGAGCUCUCCCUCUCAGUCCCUCUCCUCUGCGCAGCCGCCGCCUCCAUUCCACUCAGCGAGGUUUAGACCAGCAACAAAGCAGCAGCAGCAGGCUUCCUUCUUCUCACCCGGCGGCUAACAGGAACAGCCAGGCUUGCCUUUGGGAUGUAAUUGCCUUUGGGAUGUUUUGAAAUGAAUGCUUGUGCAUACA